UCUGAAGACCACCGCACUUUCCCUUCCACCUAAACGGACUUUUAUUUACUACUUAUAUGUUCCGACCCCAGUCAUGGCUGCCUUGACAAUAUUUGACAAUAUCCCGACUGCUACCUUCCCAGAACAGAGGAUUCCAGCACGUUCGCUUUGUAGGUACUUAUUUCCUACGAACAACGCCGCAGGCCGGGACUUUUGACCAGACGCACACUCUCUCACACUCUCUUUGGGGGUUGCUCUAAUCUACUCUGCGAUUGCCUUCAUAUCUCCGCUUCCUAGAUCUUUCCAUUUUACCUGCAGAAGUCGCUCGUCCUGAUCUCGCUUUACUCACGUUCCCAACGGGCGUAUUCUCAACAUCGUUUUCCUAUUGUUUGUUUCAUCUCUAGUACACAGCAUCCACCAUGAGGGUGCCAAUAAUUAAUGCGGCGGUUCUCCUGCUGUCCUCUGCCACACCCGCAUUGGCUCAGACAUUUUCGGACUGCAACCCUUUAAGCAAAACGUGCCCUCCAAAACCUGCCUAUGGCACGUCAGGUACCUUUGAUUUCACUCAGGGUCAAUCAAAUGAUUUUGCAGAUGUCGGAGGUCCCACGUAUGGUAGCGAUGGCGCCGAGUUCACAGUGGCCAAACAGGGCGAUGCCCCGUUAAUACAGUCUGGCUGGUACAUCAUGUUCGGACAUGUCGAGUUCGUGAUCAAGGCCGCCCCAGGGACGGGUAUCGUCAGCAGUGCUGUUCUACAGUCGGACGACUUGGACGAAAUUGACUGGGAAUGGCUUGGGGGCAAUAAUGUCUUGGUCCAGUCGAACUACUUCGGAAAGGGAAACACUGAUAGCUUCAACCGUGGCGCUACCCAUGAUAACGUGGGAAAUCAUGACAGCUUCCACACCUACACGAUCGAUUGGACCAGCGAACAGAUUGUUUGGCAAAUCGAUGGCAAGACCGUUCGGGUACUGACUCCGGAUACCGCGGCGACCAAUCAAUAUCCUCAAUCCCCGAUGAUGGUUAAAGUUGGAGUUUGGGCUGGUGGUGAUCCAAACAAUCCACAGGGUACUAUUGACUGGGCGGGUGGCAAGACUGAUUACAGUGCCGGCCCCUACACGAUGUACUUGAAGACGCUGAAGGUGACCGACUAUUCAACCGGCACCGAAUACUCGUACGGUGAUCAGAGUGGGUCGUGGCAGUCAAUCAAGGCAACCGGUGGAAAGGUCAAUGGUAAUAUUGCCGCUGAGUCUAUCUCUUCUGUCGAAUCUGCCCCGGCCAUCACCUCAACCGUCGCUAGUAUCCCUAUCCCAUGGAGUGGGACGCACCGCCAAACCUCGAGCUUUGUGACCCCGAGUAUCUGGCCUUGGGUCCCUCGAGCCACCACGGCUACUCCAGGAGAGUCGAGGGGUCAGGGUCCUCUGCCAAGUGGCUGGACAUUUUCUGGCUCUCGACAAGUCCAGCCGCCCAGCGCGGCUUCAUCCUGUCGCCCAUCUACGUUUGUAUCAUCGCAUUUGUCGCAGGGUUCAGUUUCCCUUUCUGGCACUAGAAGCACCAUAUGGACUCUCAGUUCGACGGGGCUCUUCACCAUGUCGCCAACGCCAAUGCAACUAGUUAGCUCCCCGGCCCAACCAGCCAGCACAUCGACUUACCCUACUAUCUCUUCCUCACGUACGACCAUUACCUCAACAGAUACCGCCGUCACUUCUACGCAGCGGACUAUCUCUCCGACACGAUCAUUUAGCUCUUCAACCAUGACCAUGUCAUCAUCGACUUCCACCGGCUCCCCCUCUUCCACAACUAAUGCAAGCGGUUCGAAUGGUCCUGGAAACACCCCUGCCGCCACGACUACAGCCCAUAUAGCGCCUAAUGUGGGGGCCGCAAAUGCCAUGUUUGACGCCCCUUUGCCUAUGGUCGCUCUUUGCGUGGUGGUCGGCAGUGCGCUGGUCAUGACUUGAACGGGCAGUAUGAAUUAGACGAGGCGCCUUGGAAGGUGCCAUUUAUGAUAGGAAUGGGAUAUGAGGUUACGACUCUUACGACCAAGGUUCUCGACCUGUACAUACAUAGGACCUUGAGUUUCUGCAGGUGUCUUGUUACCAUGAUUAAUGACCAUUGAAUAUGUAUUAUACGGGCUGGGUUGGUUUCUGUUAGCUUAGAAAGACCAAUGCAAGUAAUAGUCCACCAAUAAUAGCAGCGCUCGUUUCCCUGCGUUGAAAUUAAGGUAAAAUACUUGAGAGGUCGACGCUACCUGAUCCACCGGUAUCGACCAUGGUCAGCCGAUGUGGCGUGCACGCUAUUCUC